AUGGAUGCCGAGCAGGGGUAUUUUAGCGUGUGCUAUCUGCGGGCCACGUUGAGCCGAGACACGAGACGCCUCAGUUCCAGAACAGAACAGCAUCACUUCGCCCACGCCGACGCCGUCGAGAUGGCGCCCGCUCUGAGGCGAAAGAGGACGAUAGUGUUUCUGCACCCGGACCUGGGGAUCGGCGGGGCAGAGCGGCUGGUGGUGGACGCGGCGGUGGGGCUGCAGAAGCGCGGGCACCGCGUCGUCGUGUUCACGAGCCACUGCGACCCGCGCCACUGCUUCGACGAGGCCCGCGACGGCACCCUCGACGUGCGCGUGCGCGGCCACUGGCUCGUCCCGCCCUCGCUGCUUGGCCGCUUCGCCAUCCUAUGCGCCAUCGCCCGCCAGCUGCACCUGAUCCUGUCCAUCGCCCUGCUGACGCGCGAGCUGCGCGAGCUCGGCCCCGACGUCGCCUUCUUCGCCGACCAGCUCAGCGCCGGCCUGCCCCUGCUCAAGACCCUGCCCGCCGCCCACUGCGCCCCCGUCUUCUUCUACUGCCACUUCCCCGACCUGCUGCUGGCCACCGGCCGCGCCCGCUGGUGGAAGCGCGCCUACCGCCUGCCCUUUGACUGCCUCGAGCAGUGGAGCAUGGCCUGGGCCGACGCCAUCGCCGUCAACUCGGCCUUUACCCGAGGAGUCGUCGCCCGCACCUGGCCCGCUCUCGCCCGCCGGCGCGACCUCAAGGUCGUCUACCCGUGUAUUGACAUCACGACCGCUACCAAGAGCGACGACGACGACGACGAGUCUCCAGACGUCCUCCCCUGGGAAGAGUCGGGCGUUAUUCUUAGUAUCAACCGCUUCGAGCGCAAGAAGAACAUUGCCCUGGCCAUCCGGGCCUUUGCAGGACUAUCGCCCGAGCAGCGGCGCGGGCGCGGCCGCGAGGGGGGGCAGCAGAAGAAGACGGCGGGCGGGGUCGACGGGGCGCGGCUGCUGAUCGCGGGGGGGUACGACCCGCGGGUCGGGGAGAACGUGGCGUACCACGCGGAGCUGUGCGCGCUGGCGGGUUCGCUAGGGCUGUCGCACGCGACGGCGACGACGGUGGUCGGGGCGCUCGGGGUGCCGGACGACGUGCAGGUGGUGUUCCUGCUGUCGGUGCCCAACGCGCUUAAGGAGAUGCUGCUGCGGUCGGCGCGGCUGCUCGUCUACACGCCGGCCAACGAGCACUUUGGCAUCGUACCACUCGAGGCCAUGCUGCGCGGCGUGCCCGUGCUCGCCGCCGACUCGGGCGGCCCCGUCGAGACCGUCGUCGACGGCCGCACCGGCUGGCUGCGCGACCCCGCCGACGUCUCCGCCUGGACAGAGGUCAUGGACCGCGCCCUCAACCGCCUGUCCCCCGCCGAGCUCGCCGACAUGGGCCGCGCCGGCGAAAGCCGCGUCAGGGACAACUUUGCCGACGUCCAGAUGGCUGAGCGCCUCGACGCCAUCUUCGACGGCAUGGCCGCUGCCAAGACGGACGGGCCGGCCGCUCUGUCUCAUGCUGUCGUGGCCCUGUGUCUGGCGGCGCUCGCGGCGCUGGUGGUGUUUGUGGCUUCGCGGCUGGGUCCUCGCAUAUGGCCGUAG